AUGGCGCUGCAGUGCAAGGCAGACAAGGAGUGUAUGGAAACCGUACAAAGUGUCAUAGACGCCUACCUGGGCAUUGGCGAAGGCGACUUCAUCUCUGCAAUCGGGGGCGAGCACUUGAAGCUUGUCGCCGCCGCAAAGGGUCCCGAGGCGAGUCCAAGGAGCGAAGGUCUAGCCAUGGCGACUUUCACCUACACCGUCCAGAAGCAACACUGCAACAGGCUCGGCAACUUGCACGGUGGCGCUGCAGCCACAUUGUUCGAUUACUGUACCACGAUGCCUCUGUGCUUGAUCGCCAAGCCUGGCUUCUGGUCCAUGCUGGGGGUGAGUCGCAACUUGUCAGUCACCUACCUGCGACCCAUCCCGCUCGGCCAAACCAUAUUUAUCGAGUGCGACAUCAUCGCAGCUGGUGGGCGCUUGUGCGCACUCAGAGGCACCAUGAGGAGGGCCGAGGAUGGCGUUGUGAUGGCAACAUGUGAGCACGAGAAGGCCAGCAUUGAGCAUCUGGCUGGCAGUAAGAUGUAG